CGGCCUGGAGGGGCAAAGCUCCAAAGAAUCACCACAUCAGAGCAGUCGACAACCUCCCCCGCCAAAACAAACCUCACCUCUAAACCUUCUUGCCCUCGCGUCGCAACUCUCAUCCUUCUCGUCUUACUUGCAACCACUUAGUUCCUAUAAUUUCACACAUCUCGCAUCACUAUGUCGUGGCAAGCAUACAUCGACUCAAGCCUUGUCGGCUCCGGUCAUAUUGACAAGGGCGCCAUCAUCAGUGCUGCGGGCGACAGCGCUUGGGCUUCUUCUCCUGACCUCCAGCUCAAGCCCGAGGAGAUGAAGGCCAUAUCUGCCAUCGUUGGCGGUGACUCGGCUGCCAAGGACAAGGCUUUCGCUGAGGGUCUCUACAUUGCUGGCGAGCGUUACGUUAUGGCCCGAGCCGAGGACCGGAGUAUCUACGCCCGAUCGGGCCGCCUCGGUGUUGCUGUUGCGAAGACUGGCCAGGCCAUCGUCAUCGGCCACCAUGGUGAGGCCCAGGUCGCUGGCAACGCCACCUCUACCGUCGAAGGUCUUGCCGACUACCUCGUCAAGUCAGGAUAUUAGACAUUCAGCGUAUGAGGCAAGGGUCUGGACGGAUUCAACUAUGAGAAGCGCCAGGGAAACGCUGUUUGUCCGUGGAGCGGACAGUCAACGCAGCUAUAACGAGCUUAUGCCGAGAAGAGCGCCUUUGUUUUAGAGCACUGGGCUAUGAGCUCGAGUGUGUUACCAGGGGGAGGACAUUUUCCUUAUUUGACCAAAAAUCGGUCGGACGAGUUUGUUUCUACACGAUUCUGCAUAUAGGCAAUCCGAGUGCCCUCCAGAACCUGUCACCUGUAUGCCAGAUUUGAAAUGAUCAUCAAAUGUCAGCCAACUCGACUCCAUUAAAACUGCUUUUAUCGUUUGUUCUCCGCUCGUAUCCGUGAUGUACAGUACUUUGUCCACCUUAUUAUAGGUACUCAUGAUAGUUCUUUAUGCCGUUAACGCCGAUUCCCACA